AUGAAGUUGGAGUUAACCUUCUUUCAAGCAAUUGAUGCGAGCAGCCUUGUGCCGGCCCCACCCAUACUUGUUCUGGCUGAGCUUCUGGGCGUAGUAGUCGUAAUUGUCUGCCUCGGCGUCCUGCUGCGCUUUGUGCCCCCGUACUGGGAAAGAAAUAAACCAGCACUGACGCGAAGGUGGCUCUGGCGCGGCAGCGCCGCUCAAGUGCGUUCCGCGCCCAAGCAGGAACGUGGCGCGACAGUCCUGAAUGGUGCUGCGCCGCCACAGCCAACUUCGACGAGUGCAACAGGACCUGUGGCGCCGGCGGCGGAGCCCAUUUCCUCCGUGAAGGAGAGUGCGGAGCCAACGAAGCCCGUGAAUGAUGAGGGCGCACUCGACGAUUACCUCGACACGUUUUUUUCGGAGGCGCAGCUGCUCGAGGAAGCCCUCUUAAGCACGGCGCUGCGUGAUGCAACAACCGCCACGGGCGUUGCACGUGGCCCAGGACGCCGCUGGAAUGCGUCGUCCAGUGCCCCAUCCGCUUCCCUUCUCGGCCGGGAAGCCGCCCCUGGCAGGAUGGCUGACGGGGACUUCGGCAGCAGCAGCGAGGAGUCGAGUGAGGGACUUUUAGGUGGGUGGCCAAGCCAAAGAUGGGAAUCACAACACUGGCGGAAAGCCACAAGAGGAGGUGGGCUUGGUGGCAAGAAAACCAAAUGGUUGAGGCCUGAGUGA